AGGACAUGACUAUAGCUUCUCAAGCUUAUCUAAAAUAACAGAUAAUAUAUAUAUCAACAUUUUUGAUGAAAUGAUUAUUGAAAAACAUGAGGAUCCCUAUUUCAAGAGCUGCAGUCGUCAUUCACAUAUAAGAAAGAAUUGGCUCGGAUCCAUUGUCUUCCCUUUCUCUGCUCUUCUGCAACAAUCUGAGUUUUCAGAUCAAACAGAUGUUUUGGAGAGAGCACUGAUUUUUAAUAAAACUUGUAAGGCAAUGUUUCCCAACCGAAGAAUCACAACUACUGUCUUUAAUGGUGAAGGGUUACAGAUCUUAGUAACCAGAUACAUCAAGGCACUAAAUCCACCUCAGCAAUUCCUGGAUAUGUUUCUUCAUGAUUCUAACGCAACACUUGACCUCAUUGCUCGCUUUGUAUCUUUGAUUCCUAUUGUGCCUGAUAUUCUGGAUGAAAAUGAUGGUUUUGACAUAUGGAUGACAUCAGAGCGCUGCAUCAGUUUGGCUAUUGGAAAUAAGGAAGAGCAUGCCAUACUACUCUGUAAUUUCUUUCUGUAUUUUGGAAAGAAAGCUUUGGUCCUCCUGGGGACCUCAAUGUUGGAAGGACAAGUGGCUUAUGUAUUAACUCAAGAAACUGAUGAAUAUUUGCUUUGGAAUCCAUUAACUGGGCAAUGUCAUAAGCAGUUUGACCCAUUUUGUCCCUUACAAAGUGUAGACUGUUUGUUUGAUGAUGGAAAUGUCUGGUUUAAUAUUGAACAAAACAAUACACCGAUGGCUGUACAUUUUGACUAUUCAAAGGAAAGUUUCUGGAAACAGUUGCUUCCAAAAAAUUUCCAAGGGACAAAAGCACAUACCAUACAGCCUGAAGAAAUUAUUUAUUGUGAGACUAAUAAAAGCAUGAUAGAAGAUCUAAAGAACAGGAUUGAAAGGACUCUGAAAUGUAAAAUGAUGGAAUGGCGACCUAAACAGCCGACACGUUGGAAUCGACAAUGCACUUAUAUUUUGCGAAAAAUCCUUCCUAAACUAGAACUUGGCACUGGAAGCUUUGUUUCAUCUGAAGAAGAGAGUGAAUUUGAAAGACUACUACAAUUUUAUUGGGUCACAGGAUUUCCUAUCCAGAUGCCUUACACUGAUUUACAGUCAAUUAUUGAUGCUGUGUAUCAAACUGGAAUUCAUUCUUCUGAAUUUCCCCAGACAGAAUUUGCUCUGGCUGUAUACAUUCACCCAUACCCAAACAACAUAUUGUCUGUGUGGGUCUAUUUGGCUUCCUUAGCUCGACAUCAGUGAAAAGGAAGAGGGAAAAGGAAAAAAGAAAGUGCUAUGGGCCCCUUGCCCAGAACAAUCAAGACUUUUCUGGUACUUUAGGACUUUGCUACUUAUCCUCAAGUCCAGCCAAGUAUGAACCCAAGUUUUGGUUCUUUUAUAGAGUUGGGCACCACGGAGACUCACUCCCUGAGCCUUUGAGAAUGAGUGUAGAUGACCUCCCCACUGGAGACCUCUUCAAGGAGAACACUUUGGGUAGUCUGGUGGCCUUGGGUCACUGUCUACAGUAGGUCUUAUUAUGGGAAAGUGAUUCUGGCCCCUCCCUCUGAAGCCAGUAUUACUCAGGCUGUAGGCCUCACACCACCUCCGUCACAUCACCUGGGGAGGCUUGUUGA